UUCCAUAUUCCAUCUGGUCUCAUUCUACCAGGCUGCGAAACAAACCUCAACAAAUUAAUAAAAUUCCAAAGAAAAUUGUCAAUAAUUUCGGGUACCAAUUCAGCACAGAUUCUUCGCAACGAAUUUGACAUACUCCAAAGGCUACAUCACCAGUACUUAGUAAAGACGAUCAAAUAUAAUCAGGUUAAUUAGAAAGAAAUGGCACGCGGACACCAGAAGAUCCAGUCGCAGGCGAAGGCCUCCGAGAAACAGGCGAAACUGAAGAAGCAGCAGGGCCACAGUGCCAACGAUCAGAAAAAGGCGGCUCAGAAGGCACUUGUCUAUGUGUGCGCCGUCUGCAAGUCGCAAAUGCCUGAUCCCAAGACUUACAAGCAGCAUUUUGAGAACAAGCAUCCCAAGAACGACAUGCCCGAGGAGCUAAAGGAAGUCUGAUGUCCGAUUUUUCUGUGUGAAUAUAUACAUAUAUCAAGCUUAACGAGAUCGACGAAAUGCCUACCAGUACGAAAUCUUUUCAACAAUAACUUUAUAUCGGCCCGAAUAACAAAGCCACUAUUAGGGUGAAGCCUAGAGGGAUGAUGCAAGUUAAAAGAUAGUUUCCAUCGCAAAGGGCCCAGCUGAAUUUUUAUAAACACUGCUGACUUUUUGUUAAUACAUUGAAAAUAACACAUGACUUAAUGGGUACAAUACAAUGCCACCUACCACAAAGUAAAAAUAA